AACCUAGUCAGUACUCAAGUAUGAUCCUUUAACCGUACAGUCCAUUUUGUAAGCAUGAGUACAAGUGUCACUCACUGACAUGUUAAUGAGCUGUCAAGGCAGCUUUAUUUGCAAGCUAAUUAAGUUAGCGUUGUUUGGCAGCAAAGAUUAGGCUGAGCACAUAAACUCUUCGAAUAAUAAAAGAAUAAAGAGCUUUUACUUUUGUUUCUUACUUCAUCUUUGUCAAGAGAUACCCUCUGUAUCUGGUAUCACCUUUAAGAGAGUAAGCGAAAUGGUUCAAAGAGAAAGCAGAUAAUUUUUAAAGGAAGUUGAGCAAAAAUCAAGCAUGGGUAAGAAACAGAGAUGGAUAGGACACUACUCUAGCUCUCAUAAAAUACUCUUGGUUGGUGAGGGAGACUUCUCAUUUUCUGCCUGUUUGGCUAGAGCAUUUUGCUCCGCCGCGAACAUGGUUGCUACGACUCUCGAAUCGGAAGAUACUAUAUUGGUUGAGCAUGGCAGCAGUGAGGCACAUUUGGAGGAGUUGGAGAGAAGAGGGUGCUUGGUGUUGUAUGAAGUCAACGUAUAUGUCAUGGACCGUCAUCCCACACUUAGGUCUAUGAAAUUUGAUGUUAUCAUAUUCAACUUUCCUCAUGCAGGUCAUUACCAUCGGCUAGUCGAAACCGACGAGGAGCUUAUAGAAUUGCACAGACAUUUGUUAAAAGCAUUUUUCAAAAGCGCCCGCGGGAUGCUUAGCAAAGGUGGUGAAAUUCAUGUUUCACACAGGGUAGACUACCCGUAUGAUCAAUGGAAGUUGAAGGAGCUUGCUGAGAAAGCAGGCCUGUUUUUGAAGGAGAAAGUGCGGUUCGACAAAUCGGACUACCCUGGCUACCACAAUAAGAGAGGUGGCGGCAUCCAGAGCAACAAAAUGUUUCCUCUAAAAAACAAGGAAAGUUACACCUUCAAAUUCUCUCUCAACCGUGCAAGUUCUGAAAUUUCUGUUUGUGAUUCGACAACCAGCAUUGUUAGUGAUGUCCCUUCACCACCUGGCUAUCAGGGUUACCUUUGUCCUCCAGCUCCUACAAGCCCACCCUUACGAGAGAUUCUUGGGUCUGGCAUCCAGACCACGAGCCGGUGCGAACCUAAGACACAAAACCCCCCGCACGACCCAUCACCUCUUGUUUUGAGACCCACCACUAGCCCAUGUAAUGGCCCCAACCCGCCCUCGCUCUCCAUGGCCCACUGCCUCCGGGUUCGGGAGGAAAGAAUUUCUCCACCCUUACCUCCUUCCUGCCAAGACGAUGAUGAACCUCCAGCUCCCCCAACCCCACGUCCUUCACGCCAAGUAGAUGAUGACAACGGCUGCUGCUCAAUCCUUGGAGGCUGUUUGUUUGCAAUUUUUUCGCUGAUGGCUGGAUAUUGGACGCUCACCGCUUUAGGCAAUUUUUUUUGUUACUGUCGAAAGCUGGUAUGACCGAGUGCAAACCUUGUGCAACUCCUCUUCUUCCAGAAGCAACAACUCAGGAGAACCUCUUGCUGAUCCGUUCUUGUUUCGGAGCUUGGUAGGAGGAUUGCAAUAUCUUACAUUUAGUACUGGUUUAGGGCUGUUUUUCUUUUUUUCUAAAACAUGCGGACGCAUAGUGAUGUCUAAUGAAACUUUCUACAUUCCAAUAACACCUUCGUCACGGUCUCUUAACCACA